AUGAUCCCGGCAGGUCGGGCGGCCAAUAAUGUGAAGGAAAGGAGGAGGGAGGGAGUCCAUAUGAGGAGAGAGAGAGAGAGGGAAGGAAGGAAGGGGGAACACCCCUCUGGUUUGGUCGGGGCUGCUGGUUGGCUUGUGGGUUCCCUCUGCGGUUACUGCGUGCAGCAACUUUCGAGCGCGCACUUCUGAAGUCACCCAACAGUCUGUGGCCGCCGGGUGAGUCACGCUGCCAACUUGGGGGGAAAAGAUCUGAGGCAAUCUUCCUCAGAGUCAGCCGCCGGGGCCCGGCUGCUCAGCUAUGGUUUAACCACAGCAGGUGGAGCUCCGCUUUCGGGACCAUCGUUUGCUUUCUCUUCUCCGCGCCCCUCGCCCCCUCACGGCCUUCCUCUUUCCCUCCCCUCCUUUCUCGCGCCUCCAACUUCGUUACAACGCGCGAGGGGGGCCCGGCCGAGUUUCCGCUUCUGCCCCACCAGAAGGCUAGCAGCACACGCGAUUGGCAGUAAGAACAAACACAGGCACGCACACACGCACGCAGGCAGGCAGGCAGGCGGACGGGCGCGCAAGCGGCCUCAGAGUCAAGAGUUAAAAAAAGAAGUAGUAGGAGUCGCUCAGACGACAGAGCCUGCGCUCCUCCCAGGGUCCACGUUCCCCAAGCGGAAGGAGUCUUCACGUGUUCACCAGACGCCAACGGCGAGCUUUCCCGAGGGCUCCUGCCUAGGGAGGCCAGUCUCUCCAGCUGUGUGUGACCUUCUGUGAGGCGCUGUUUGUUUGCUCAUGCUGGUCUCAAAAAGCCUGGUCUGUCUCUCUCUUUCUCUCUCUCUCUGCCCCCCCCUCCGCGCGCCCUCCUCCUCCUCCCUCUCGCCUUCUGGCUCUAUGAAUGGAGAUUGACUGGAAAUGAAUUUGCUUUUACAGUAAGAGAGUCCGGAGGAAUGCCAUUCCCUCAGCUCUUUUGCAUAGGGGAGGGCGCCGGCCAAUCAGAGCCCUUUCCGGUAUUCAGCAGGGCGCGGCUCCAACCCGCGGGCUCCUGGAAUUGGCCUGCGCACCGCCGCUGGAAGCUACUGUAAAAAGCCAAAGGGAGGCCCGCGUGUCAAUGGGACGCCGCGAUUACCGCAGCGCGCGCGAGAAAGAACAAGCGAGCAAGCGGCAGACCUCUGGGCGGCGGCUGCGGCGUCUUGCGCGAAGCCUCAGAAAGGCGGACUGAGGGAGAUGCGGGGACAAGAGUCGCGCGGCCCGCUCACGCGCCAAACGUUUCCCUCGUGCGUGGGUGGGUCCCCGCGGGACAAUGAAAAGGGCGCGAAAGUAGCUCCCGAGACUCUCAGUCGCCUGGCUGGCUUCGAGAAGGAAGCUCACCCCGCACGGACCCCGAGCACCCGCCCACCCCCACCCCAGCCGGGCUUUUUCAACACUCAACCCACACGAAGCCUAGGCCAGGUCCCACGCAGUGACUGGGCUAGUAACCCCCCUCAGCACGCGCGGCUGAGGGAAAGGGGGUGGGCGGUUUUCGCUUCUUGUGGAAAUAAAGCGAGUUAUAUCGCCUUCAGUAAGAGCUGCUGCCUCCCCUUCCAAGUAGUAUUAUUUUGCCCCGAUUCAGCAUGUGAGCCCCCACAAAAUGCAAAGUUCUGGGCAAAGGUUCGCCUGAUGAAUAUUUGCCUAUCGCACAGUUGUUUACCAGGAUGGGGAAACCUUCCCCCGUUCGGGUGGUUUAACUCCAGUUCCCAUCUGCUCCAGCCAGCAGGGCCAAAUAUUUGGGACAAGGGGAGCUGGAGUCCAUCCACAUCUGCAGGCCCACAGGUUCCCUACCUCUCUGUGUGAAAGGCUGAAGGGUCUGCAAGAAGAAAAAAGAUGGCAGCCCUCCCCUCAAAUGAACAGCGCACACUUCCUGCCUCCCUUUGUGCGGAGCGCGCCAAAGAUUGCUAUUUUACACUUUUCCAUACACUCCUGGAUUAAGUGCACAGAGAGAAUUUUUUUUAAAGGUCUCACUUCCUUUCUCCUCUGAUCUGUUCCUCACAUCUCUAGAGAUUAUGCCCAAAUUUCAAUAUGCAGUACAUCACACUGCAGUCCAUGUUCUUUCUGAGACUAAAAAAAUGCUUUGAAAAAGUUGGCCAGGGCAAUCAUAGUCACUGAGGCGUUUUAUAGAUCAGUCACACAGAUAGUGGUGUUUUGUCAGACUUUGGCACUGCAGUGGAGGGCCCACACUGCAGGGGAGAAGUUUUGGAUCCAUGGCAGUAGAGAGUGGGGAAAUGGAGUCCCAGCCCUCCUCAUAGAGAGCCAGUGUGGUGUCGUGGUUAGGAGUGGUGGACUCGUAAUCUGGUGAACUGGGUUCGCGUCUCUGCUCCUCCACAUGGAGCUGCUGGGUGACCUUGGGCCAGUCACACUUCUCUGAAGUCUCUCAGCCUCACUCACCUCACAGAGUGUUUGUUGUAGGGGAGGAAGGGAAAGGAGAAUAUUAGCUGCUUGAGACUCCUUAGGGUAGUGAUAAUGCGGGAUAUCAAAUCCAAUCCCCCCCCCCCCCGCUCUUUGUCUACAGGCCUUCACUAAGUUCAAUGGAACUUGCUCCCAAGUGAGUUGGGUCAAGGAUUGCAGCCUUAGCUUUCUCACUUUUUCAUUUCUAGAAUGUAUUGGAGUGCAGCUCCCUUGGAUCAUAAAAUGUGCUCCAGAGUUGAACCCUAGCACAGCAGUUGGACUGGCUACCAGCUGUCAGCAUGAGAAGCAAUAG